CAAAGCGCGCGCACGCUCGUGACCUCGCUCUGCGCGGAGUGAGCAGUGAGCAGGUUCCGUAUGGACGCGCGAGCGAGUGCUCGGGACGGGUACUGGGAGACGCCCUCGGCCGCGGGACUCUUCGCGGUGCCGUUAUUUCUUUCAUCCGGAUGGUUGUGAAAAAGGAACAGAGUGACACUUGGACGAAGCGGAGUGCGGAGGGAGUCUCUCUGACCAGCAUCAGUGACCAGGAGCUCAACUGUCACCAACUCAGCUGCAAGAGGAUUGACCAGCCCUGCCGCCGUGCAUCCUGACCGCCUCUGGCUCAGAGGAGGCUCGACUGGUGGAUCCCCCGCUGACGCCUCCGAUCCCCAGAUUCACGCACUGACUGAACCCCUUUCCGGGCAGCUUUUGUGUCCCCUUCCUUCUGCGGAGUUACCCCCCCCAUUCAAGCGGUCACCAUGGCUAGUCUGGUGCUCAACGAGACUGGAAUGGAGGACUGUGGGAUUGACGACUCCUUCAAGUACAACUUGUACUCUGUGGUUUACAGUGUGGUCUUUGUUUUGGGCCUGAUCACCAACUGUGCGGCGCUCUUUGUGUUCUGCCUCCGGAUGAAGAUGCGCAACGAGACCACAAUGUUUAUGACCAACUUGGCGUUAUCCGAUUUGGUGUUUGUUUUCACGCUGCCAUUCAAGGUCUUCUACAAUGUGAACCGCCACUGGCCGUUCGGAGACGAACUGUGUAAAGUGUCGGGAACGGCCUUCAUCACCAACAUCUACGGCAGCAUGCUCUUCCUCACCUGCAUCAGUGUGGACCGCUUCCUGGCGAUAGUCUACCCCUUCCGCUCACGCUCCAUACGCACACGCAGGAACGCAGCGCUGGUGUGCGCCGCCGUGUGGCUGACCAUCGUAGGAGGAGGAAUAUCGGUGACCUUCUUCUCCACCAUCAACAGCACAAACAGAGCCACCACGUGCUUCGAGGGCUUCUCCAAGAGCACCUGGAGGACCUACCUGUCCAAAAUCACCAUCUUCAUUGAGAUUGUAGGUUUUCUCAUCCCCCUGCUGGUCAACUUGGUAUGUUCCUCCCUGGUUCUGCGGACACUGCGUCGCCCGGGGACUGUUGGUCGCGGCUGCGACAGCAAGAGGCGCGUCUUGCGGAUGAUUGUGGUCCAUCUGGGCAUCUUCAUCAUCUGCUUUGUCCCUUAUAACUCUAUCCUCUUCCUAUAUGCCCUGGUGCGGACGCAGGCCCUGGCUAACUGCGCUAUAGAGCGAUUCGCCCGAACGCUUUACCCGAUCACUCUGUGCCUGGCCAGCCUCAACUGUUGCCUGGACCCUGUGGUCUACUACUUCACCUCAGAGAGCUUCCAGAAAAGCCUGAUCGUCGGAGGGAGAGGGUCCGGCUCCCGGCCUGAGAGCAUCCCCCGCAGCGAGGGCGAGACCCAGGACACUGCCAACACUCUCCCCAGAGACACAGACACUGUAGCCAGCAAUGGAAAAGAGGCAAAGAUGUCUGAAAGUCAGUUCUGACUCGGCAGGGAACGUUUUCAAAGGCAGGAGCCCUGAAGUUGAGGGAGAAUUAAAAAAUAAAAAAGCAAUCAGCUGUUUGGUCCUGGAAGUGACAAACACAUAACUCAGCAGAUUAGUUAAGGCCUGAGGUAAACCCUGAUGUAUGGCCUGGGCUUUACGGAUUAAUCCAGCACUGGAGAACACAGGAAUGUAUCCGUGUUUAUUAUGAGAGAACACUACGGGGACCAGAGAGCCAGCCACAUCAGGACUAUUUUGAUAGCGCGGAGACACGCAGAGCCUCUGAGAGAGACUCCAGUACAUCACCACUCAGGCUUAACGCACACAAACGCUCACAAAUGCACUGGAUUGUGGAUGAGAUGGAGAUUUCCGUCCACAUUGUUGAAAUAUGCAGUUAAGUACUUUUGUGCCACACGGAGCCCUUAGGGUUUUACUGUCGUCAAGCUCGAGCUCUCACGGUGCAUUGUAUCAUUUUAGACAUUAAUGUUAUGACACUCUUUACUGGCGAGACCCGCUGUUAUUGUUACCAGCAGCACUCGGACCUGCUGAGUGAAAUGUGUCUCAUGUUGAAGUUUGAGGUCAUUAAAUGUGUGUCUUGAA